UAUGUACAACCUAAAGGGAACCUGGUGAUCUAAUGGCCUCCAGCUUCUUCGUUUCUGGAACAGGUUUUCUGACAGCGCUGCCCACACACAACGUAGUUCACUCUCGAUUUCUGAGGAAACGAAAGUGAAACUAACGACGAAAGAGAUAACACGCAGCAGAGCUGGAUGAACGGGUCUCGACCCUUCUUCAGAAAUGGGGGAGGGGAAGGGGCUUCUGAAAUAAAAAGGGAGAGAUUGGGGAGGCGGAUCAAGAAGAGUCCCUGGAAUCUUGGGAGGAAAAAAAUUGGAAGUGGGAAAAAACGUGGCACUUUAUAACUUUUUUGCUGAACUGCAAUUAUAAAAUACUAGACACAGCCCAUUUUCGCGGGACAAAGAUAAUAUGAGUGUUUUACGCUCCAUAAGCACGGAAUGAGCCGAAACUUACAGGUAUUAGGACAACCCCUAAGUUUGCUGCAUGUAUUCUGCACUGCAGAGUGUGAGUAGAUGCGUCAGUUGAAUGCUCCUACGGCUCAGAUUGUAAAUUGUAUUGUUUUCUAGCUGCUACUAGAAUCUGCAUUUCCUGAAUUAGUCACCUUCAAAAGUAGUAGAAAGAUGCUUCAUCUGUUCUACAUUGUGUUGAUCUUGUCUGCUUCAUUCAGCACAGUGAGAGGUUCAAGCUCAAGUGAGUCAGAUUGGUCAACAGCUGCCUGGAUGGUAGGAGGAGCAGUUGCUGCUGUGAUUGCUGCCCCUGUUGUCGUUGCUGCUGCUGGUUUCACUGGUGCUGGAAUAGCAGCUGGAUCCUUAGGAGCACAAAUGAUGUCUGUGGCUGCAGUCGCUAAUGGAGGAGGAGUAGCAGCAGGCGGUGUUGUAGCAACCCUCCAGUCUGUUGGAGCGGCUGGACUCUCUGCUUAUGGCACUGCUGUCGUAACAAGUAUUGGUGCAGUGGCUGGCUCUGCUGUGAAAAGCAUUCUUCAGAAUUCUGAAGAUGAGCUCUAAAGUUCACAAGUUACUUUAGACACCUGAACAGGAAUGAGCCUGCUCACGAGGGUGUAUUAAUUCAGCAAUGAGGUCAAAAUCUGUUAGCUGUUAGUUUAUUGUAUAGACUAAUAAUUUGAAUAUAUGUGUAGUAUUACUGAAAAAAAAUCAAGUUGUUUGUUGAAGAUUUCAUUCUUGCAUUUAUCCAGACAAUUUGGAAGAAAUACCUUUGUAAUGUGAAAGCAGCAUGUAUACUAUGAGAGGAAGAUGCUGAUUGGCAAGUGGACUCUUGGUUGGUAGAGGCAUUGCUAUGGAGAAUGUACAAGUUAAAUAAAGUUGUUUGACAAGUUUAUCUAAAUCUUGAGGGAGCUAUGUUAACUGUAGUUGAGUAAUUACCCUGAGUUAAUUUGAAACUGUCACUGUUUGUUUGCAUGUACAUCCUGUCAGCAAAAUAGGUAUGACAAUUCUCUGGUUCAUUUCUCAGGGCAAUGUAUUGAACAGUCAAUAUGCUGGUUUAAAUUAAAACAAACCUUGGUGAUUAACUGCUAGUUAUCAUUAACUGGUGCAUUUGUCUUGGCAAUACUUCCACUGGAGUACACUUGACAACAGUCCAAAUGUUCCUGUCUUUGUAUAUAAAUAUUGGUUUCCCCUUUUAUGUUGGCAUUUUUUUACAAAUUGGAUUGGCGAGAGCAAGUCAAGAAGCUUUAACAAAAUGAGUUUAAUAUUACUAAAGUUUUCUACCAGCAAACAACAAUUAUUUUCAAUAAUCCUCAUUUUUUUGGAAUGGUUGGUUGCACCCCUUGUGCUACUCUUCAGAUCCCCUGUUUAUAAGCUUAAUUCAAUUGAGUUAACAUGCGGCACAAAGCAUUGUAGAAUGUUAAUUGUUCUAUAAGUGGUCACUGCGUGAAUGCGGACAUUCAGUUUUGUCACGACAUUUCAUAGAAAUGAUGACAUGUUUGGCAAUGCUGGAAAUAUAUUAAACAUAAUACCAAAUGUUUAAUUUUUGAAUUGAACCCAUCUGUUAACAAUAAGGGUGGCAGUUGUACGUCUUUUUUAAACCUGUUUCCUUGAUCAAUCCGUUUUAAUAUCUCCUCUUUUUUGUGUGAUGACCAUUUUCUUGUGAAACCACAUGGUUUGCUUUGUUACAUGAAAUGUGAUACAGAAAUACAAGUCACUGAUGUCAAUUUUUGAUAUGUUCCCUCUUUCCCUAUCACAUUGCCAUAAAACAGGGUGUUAUAACUGGACUUCCCAGCAUCACAUAUGAAAUUUUUGUGAGAAUGUGGGGCUAUUUAAUAAACAAAGCACGUAUCACAAAACAGAAAGUCUCAUGGUUGACGUAGAAGCCUUAGAAACUGUAUGUCUGUGAUUAUCGUUCUGUCAGAAUGACUUGAGGUGGUAUAACAAGUCAAGUCAAAUCCAGAGUGAAACCUUACUUGAUUGACCAUAUGUGUUUAUUAUUAAUUUCUACCAUGGUGGUCACUGUCUGAAUAAAUUUACAACAGGCUACUAA